CGCCCGCGGCCUGUCGCCUGGGUGACGUCACCAAUCGGCGUCCAGCCUAGCGUCAUGCUGCGCUUGGGAGGCGCGGGGCUAGUGCGGGACCUGCGGGUGGUGUGGCCCGCAUGGCUGCGAGGUCCGGGUGGACUCCCGCUGGCCCUGGCGCGCACCACAGGGACGUCGGGAGCGCGGGACCGGCGAGCGCCGGCCUCCGGGACGCAGCGCGGGCGCGCACUCAGCCUGUCCGCCGCAGCCGUAGUGAACUCGGCGCCCCGCCCGCUGCAGCCCUACCUGCGGCUCAUGCGCCUGGACAAGCCCAUCGGAACCUGGCUGCUGUAUUUGCCAUGCACUUGGAGCAUUGGUCUGGCCGCUGACCCGGGUUGUUUUCCUGACUGGUAUAUGUUAUCACUCUUUGGCACUGGAGCUAUUCUCAUGCGUGGAGCAGGCUGUACUAUUAAUGACAUGUGGGACCGUGACUUCGAUAAAAAGGUCGAGAGGACAGCAAACCGCCCAAUCGCCGCGGGAGACAUUUCAGCCUUCCAGUCCUUCGUCUUCCUUGGGGCACAGCUGACCUUGGCACUGGGCGUUCUCCUGCAUCUGAACUACUACAGUAUAGCAAUGGGAGCAGCAUCCUUACUUCUUGUCGUCACCUACCCCCUCAUGAAAAGAGUCACGUUCUGGCCUCAGUUAGCCUUGGGCUUGACUUUUAAUUGGGGUGCGUUACUCGGAUGGUCUGCUGUCAAGGGCUCCUGUGAUCCAGCUGUGUGCCUGCCUCUUUAUUUUUCUGGAGUUAUGUGGACACUGAUAUAUGAUACUAUUUAUGCCCACCAGAUUUACACCGUGGACAUCCACAGAGCCGAGGACUGCUGGGAAAAGUUUACCUCCAACCGCACAGUAGGCCUACUCCUGUUCUUAGGGAUUGUGCUUGGGAAUUUGUACAAAGACAAGCCGGACGAGACGAAGGGAGUGGACGCUGUUGGAGAGGAAAGUGAGCGGACAAGCUGAGCUUGGUGUCCCCGGGAAGCAGGCAGGAAGACCGUGAGGUCAGGGCAUUGAGUGACACAGUAGGACCCUGUCUCAAAGCAGCACGCCGGCUAGAGUUGUAGCUUGUGGGAAGAGUGCGUGGUCACCAUGCGAUACACCUGAGCUCUGGGUCAGCAUAGACUCGUUUGUAAAACUCAGGUCUGGAGACCACAUUGCUAGAUUUGAAGUAAGACGCACUGGGGUAGCAUGUGCUGGACCUCACGGCAGCUGCUUCCCCCACCUCCCUUCCGGGAACCUGGGCUUCUGCACACUGUGCAGCCUUCGUCCUUGUUCCUCUCACCUGGAGUUUCAGGAGCUUCAGGAAAACCUUGCCUAACUCACUGAGUUAGUUUUUUCUUUUCUUUUCUUUUUUUCGGAGCUGGGGACCGAACCCAGGGCCUUGCGCUUGCUAGGCAAGCGCUCUACCACUGAGCUAAAUCCCCAGCCCCCUGAGUGAGUUUUUUAUGAAAAUGGCCGGAUACUUUAUUUUCUCACUAAGAAUCUCCUGUGAGAACUUCCUGUGAUCUUUGCUCACUUCCAAAGCUGAAUUCAAGAGCCAUUCUGAUUCUGGGUGUUUUAGAAGAGUAUGAGCAAAUAAAUAUGUUUCCAUCCAUGUGUGGAUGUCCAUGAUGGCCGGGCAGAUACUGUGGUGUGUGCGUAUCUCUCCUUUAUCUUGGUGGUCUGUGGGAUGGUAACGCACAGACAUGAACUCUUUCCUCUAAGUUAGCCUUUCAUCGUGCGUCUAUCAGAGUAGCCAGAAAAUCUAAGUGAGGUCAAGUCACCCCCCAGCUCACACGCCAGGGUCCCCCAGUCACUCGGGACACGCCAAGGCUGACUAUUGGCCGGCCUCUGACCUGAUCUGAUCUCUUACCCUCCAGACCCGCACUGUCCUGCACUGUCCCGCACUGUCCCGCAUGUCCCGACUCCACCCAGAGCUGUGCGCUUGCUGUAGAGUGAAGAUUCUCCUCACAGCAGGCCUUCAAAUGACACUCUCUCAAAGAAGCUUUGAAUUUUCAACAAAACCGCCUGUGUUUCUUUUCAUUCAUUUUAGGCUUAUUUGUAUUUUAUGUAAUGAGUGUUUUACAUGCAUGUAUAAUUGUGCACCCCUGGGAUUGGAAUUAAAGAUGGUCGUGACCACCCUGUGGGUGUAAGAGCA